AUGCAGGGUGAAGAUACGAGGCGCAGCAGUGAAUUGACCACACCAUUUACUAUAAAGCCAAAGGAUGCAUCCAAAACACAAGCGCAUAUUUCAAAGGACGAGAUGGUCCUGGCCUCAAAAUCUCUGAUGGAAUUGGAUGCUACUUGUGAUAAGCGAGUGGGUGCCCAACUUCAGGGUAUUGGGAGGAGACGAGGCACCAAAGUAGUUGAAAAAGUUAAAACAAAGAUCUCACUACUUUUGAACUUUGAACAGAAGAUCCGAAAGAAACGACCUGAUGCCAAAAAAUCAAAAUCAGAAUCUACAGAGUCUUUCACAGAAGUAUCAGAAAAGGAGGAUUUUUUCAAUGAUGAUGAAAUGAAUAGUGCACUACUUCUCCUUGAACAUCAUUUUGGCAGCAGGAAUAGAACGGCACUGAGGAUCUCAGAAGCCCUAAAUCGUAGCAAAGUUGCAUCGCGAAAAAUCAAAGCCUAUUUGGGUGAAGAAUCAGCCUCCAUCUUUCUUCGUACUAUCACAAAACCACGCUGGCUAAUGACUCUUUUAUCAAACGCUCUGGGUUCCGCGAAGUCUGCUUUAAAGUUUAUGGAGAUCUAUCGAAGAUCUGAAUUUGAAUCCAACGAAUACAAAGAUGCCGCAGCAAGAUUGAUAGAAGCGGCAGGAAAUGAGAAUUUCGUGAAGGCCUUUGUGCAAAAAUUUGCAGCACUUAAAGAAAUUGUGAUAAAUAGCCUGAGGACGCAGCUUGAAAUAAGUGCAGAUGAGGUAAACCAGAUUAUUGUAGGAUGUCUCGGGGGUGCUAAAAUUCCAAUGAGGAGGAUGGAGGGCCUGACCGGAGCAAAGGUGGAGAUUAUUCAAGGGCUUCUCAAUGCUCUCAAGCGCUGCGAAGAAGAGGAGUUGGAGACGUACUUGGGGAUCCUUAGAGAUUGUAUUACUGGAAAGUUGAAAAGCGAUGAGGAGACAGCUAAGAGACUAUCCCGCAUUCGAAAGCGACAGAAGGAGUUGGAAUAUCAGAUCCAAAAGCAUCAACAAGGUUUGCAGGAAUAUCGACACAGACGCAGGACACCCAUUAUCAUCACAGUGCCUACAGCGGAACCAAUACCUGGCACCAUCGAAGAGAAGACUCCAGACCCAAGUGCGAUUUGUCAGGAAAAACGAAGGAAAAGCAUCAGUGAAGACAGCGGCAGAAGUAAAAAGGCCGAGGAAGAGGUGGAGGAGUCGAUAGAUGAAGAGAAAAAAACUCUCCCUUUCUUUGAAUCCAUUGAAGUGGAUGAAUUAUCUAGUCAGAUUACCCUAACUAAUGAGAUUAUCGAUGAAAUUCCUACGCGAAGUCCAAGUUUUACGGGAGGGUCAGUGCUUUCCAUGGAGGUAGCUGAUUUGGUAGAAGAUUUGGCUGUUUCCAAUCGACAGGCCUCAAAAGAGCCUUCACAGUUUUCGGCCGUCAAAGGAGAGGUAGCGAAAUUUGGUCCUUCGAAAGUCACCAUGCAAGUAACUGGACUGACAGAGCUGCAUGGGAAAAUUAGGUGGGACUGGCAUCAAGCCAUGGAGGACAACAAACUGUAUGAAGACGGAACUGAUCGUGUAAUUAAUACGCGCGUCACUAGUGCUACACAUGACGCUUCAAUUUUCCUGCCUAAACCUGCAAAUCACGCACAGGUAGAGGAAUUAAAAAGAGCAGUGUCAUGUGAAGGUUUCCUAGAACCCUACAUUGGGCUUGAACCAAAUCGAAUUGUUCUGGUCCUCCUUCGCUCUGCUAUCAAUGCAAAGGCCGUUCAACUCCUCGAAAUGAUUGAUCUAGCUGGCAUUUUGUUAAAACACUUUUUAGUCCUGGAGAGCGUGAGAGAGACGGUGAGGCAUAUGUGGGAUUUGCUCUACCGAAAGAUUGUCACCGAAGUGCGCACUAGAGAACUUGAUGCUGGAGAGAAUGCCAUUUACUUGGAGGUCGGUCGACGCAUCAUUAAACAGCUCAAGCAAUUAGGGGUCAACACAUACCGCUAUCUGUCCCAUCUUCAGGUCUCAAUGAUGCGAAAAUCCAUUACCGAUGCAAUUGUCAAAUGUAAUGAUCCCUUUCCAAAAAUCCCAGUGGUUCCCAAUGUUGAUCUUGGUGAGCUGCUGUUAACCACCACGGAGACAAGUCAGAAGAGCCUCUCCAGCUAUGGCCAAAUCAUCCAAAACUUCCGUUUUGCUCCUGACGGUCCAAAAUACAUCAAAGAAGCCUUAGAAGAGACCGAAUCCACCUACUCCAUGUCUACUCCAUCCUCUAGUGACAUAGAAAGAAAAUCACCAUCCUCCUCAUCUACCACCUCCUUUACCAUCUCAGUGGAUCUUCCGCUAGCAGAAAAACAGUCGACCAUCACAGAAGGGGAGAUGAGUGCCGAAUCGAGUGAAUCAGAGGUGGUAUGGUUACCCAGAAUGAGUAAAGGCAUACCAUCCACAUCGACCGCUGCUGAGAACCCGUUUGUUGAUGUUGAAACAUUUGAAGAUGUUCCAGAGGAUAUGUUAGCCAAACGGCUCUAUGAAGCAUAUGGGAGCGAACUACAAGAAACUCGAUCGAGUCUGAUGAGGAUGGCGCAAAAGGUAGUGGAGAAUCCGGCGGUGUUUAAUGUGGCGGAGUUAAGGUCGUCACAAAGUCUCGAUCUUGAGAGCAUAGAUGCGAUGGAGCUUGGGCGAGCAGUGGUUAAAAUUAUUCAAAGGUUGGAAGAUGAGGAGGAGGCCGCAAGGCUCAUGGGAGCAUCCAGCCCCGAGAUCGAAGAGGUAGAGACGCUAGAGACGCGAUUAGAGAGGACCCGUACCCAAAUUAAUCGAGGUCGAUCACGCAAGACGGAAAAGGAGUCACCCGGGGAAAUAGAAUUCAUAUCACUCACACCCCCUCUACCUCCCUAUCACGUGGAUGUGGCGAAAUACCAACUGCAGAAUAUCAUCGAGGAGCUGGAAAUGAGCCAAAGAGAUCAACAAGAUUUGAACACUCUUGAGAGAAUUCUGUGGAUCACCAUGCCAGAAAAAGUAGCCGACCGUUACGAGCUCUUCAUGCGUGUUGCAGACUUGCAGAGACGCGGCCAAUUUACUGGCGAAGCGCUGAAAGUUCUUCUCGAGUCAGUUUUGGUGGAGGUUACUGACCUGUAUACCCUCCUUGACCCCGAUUUUGAGAUUGAAGAUGAGCAACGGUUUAAUAUUUACGAUCAAGUGCGUACUAAUCUCGAUGUGCUUUGUUGGUUUAAGCUCGAUGUCGAGGAGUAUGAGAAACAAUUGCAAUCUCUGACAAAAUUUGUGGACGCGAAUACACCCCAACCGUGGCAUGCGGUAACGUUUCAUGGAAGAAGGGCGGACUCAAGGUUGGGCAGUGCUGACUCAGAGGAAGAAAGUUUCAAAAUGUCAAGUGAGCCGAUUAAUGAAACAAUUCAAUUUGCACCCCUUUCUGAUUCACUUACGGAGGAAAUCAAGGAGCGUUUGCAUGAUGCCAUUUUUGAAAGAACUUUUCGUAAUGAAUUGGUGCCACUAUACAAAAAAUUCAAGGAAGUUGGGCAAGCAGAACAUUCUAAGCAGUUCUCCCUGCUCAAGAAAAAUCUCGAAGGCGAAAUUUUUUAUGAACUUUCCCCAACACAGAAACAGACUAACAAAUUGGAGGCAUUCAUGAAGUGGAGAAAGCGGAAAAUUGAAAUGGCUGGAACCACAGCGCGAUGCCUUUUUUCAAUUAUGCCUGAGAUUGUUGAUCAGGACAGGGAAGUUUUCCUUGAAGUCAUCACACUUAUUGAUGUUCAUGCUCUCAGUGCUGAAGUUGCAACGCUGUUUGUCAGCAGCACAUUGCAAGAUUUGCUUGAUCUCAUGUUGAUUGCGCUAAAUAAAAACGAUUUUCAAAAGGAUGAGAGACAAAUGGCUUACAACCAGUGUCGUGCUAUGAUGGAGGUUUUACAGUGCUUCAGUGUACCAAUCAAGGAGUUCACGAGCAACUUUGAUGAAAUUUUCGCGGAUGGCAAAUUCCCAACAAUUGGUGAUGAUUGCGAAUUCUUCGUUGAACUACCUCAAGCAUAUAUUCAAGAACUGCCGUUUGAAGUGCUGGAUGCCGUUGGUAGGCGAUUACGAAUUGAGGAGAGUGAACGUGAACCUCUCAAAAGCUACCUGGAAUACACUGACUCACAAGCAUUCGUCGAUCAAGAUAAGUAUGACUUUGAAAGAACACGAGCGUUGGCUGUUCACUCCCUAAGACUCCAUCCCCAGGAUGUAAAUGAAAUCAUAAAACACGAAAUAGAGGUACUGGAGAAAAAGAAACUCGAAAAACAAGAAAGGAGCAAAGUGAGAGAAGUGGGUGCUACGGACGUUGAGAGGGUCAUAGACAGGUGGCUGCUUUCACAAAUGGGAUUCCAGAAAAUAAGUACAAUUUCGAAGACAGCUGCAGCGCACAAAUCUCAAGUAUCAGAGAUAACCACCCCGAAAUCCUCUAGGGAUCAACAAAAAGAGAUAUCAACAACUGUUGAUCUAUUUCCUGAUGAGGUUUCACUAAUCUGCGACACGGAUACGGAAACUGAGAGGCCUCGGAUGAAGAAAUUAUACACUUCACCAAUUACACCGAAGCAGCAAUUGGAGAGUAUUUCUGAAUUUCCGGAAAUUCCAUCUACCCAUGUUGUAGAUGUUGAGAAAGAUAUUGUGAAGCUGCUGGAGAAGAAUAAGGAGCUAGAGAUUCAACGAGAGAAAUGUUCACAUCACCUGGCAGCGAUGAAAGCGGCCAAAAGGAGACUCUCUGUUAUCUACGAGCGACUAGCGGAUGUAUCUGCCACGGCUAAAAGGAAGGCUUAUGAUCGGACCUCGAGACUGAGGCAGGAGGAAGGAGAGUAUUCACAUGAGGAAUUACAAGCGCGUAAAAGCGAAGAGUCUGAAAUUGCCACUUCAAAAGCCGCCCUUGUUAAGGAGUCGCUUAAAGCGGUAUCGAGGAUCUCGAGAUCCACUAAGGUUCCUACAGGAACGAAGGAAAAGAAGAUAAAUAAACGAUCAACAGCCAAAAGUGCACCUCCAAAUCAGCCUCCUGUAUUACCUUCAAUUCAUCCUCCUACAUUGCAGCUUAAAUUGACCAAAGUGGUAGGCGAACCUCUACCUCCGGUUAUACAUAAAUUCUCGGAGAUCGAAAGCGUUUACAGUGCUUCUCCUCUUUCACCUCCUCCACCUUCCCCUCCACCUUCUGGCCGUACAAAGCUACCUCCUCUUUGGCUAGACCAGCAGAAACGUUGGCGAAAUAUUUUCUUACAUGGAAGUGAAAUUGGAGAGGUUAACGUACCGAAAGUACAGGUGAUUACACCCGUAGACAUGACGAUAAAGAAUAUUCAACCAUUGAAGCUAGUCAGGGCACGUAAAAAGUAUGUGGAUGAGAGAGCGAGUAAUGUAGCACGAGUGACUGGACCCGUAGAGACAGUAAUUGGUGAGACCUUAACGAUAAUUUCACUUGAAGAAGGACUGUCAAAGCAAAUGGCACGUUGGUUUAAUCGAAUCAGCCAGAAGGAGAUCACGCGCAGGGGGAUUAUUAUUCCUCCUUCACCAAGUCGAAUCGCAUGGCAAGAAAUUCCUGAUUUACAGGCGGUUAUUCGAUUUCCACGCCCCUUAGUGAUUUCAGCCGUGAAGAAGGAAUCGGGGGCGGUGGAGUGGAAGGGAGAGAUAGGGAAUGCGCCGAGAGUAGAAGAUUCCCGCAUGGAAGCCAAUCACCACUUCAUUACGGAUAAAUUACGGAUAAAUUUGAUAUUAAAGAAGUUGAGAAUGCAGUUGAGUACGCAUGAUCUGGUUGAGGUGAUGAUUGAUCUACACACGGGUCGGGCGGGCAAAAAGACAAGGGACACUAUUGAAGCUGCUUAUGAGACUAUUAAGGAUCAGAAGUACACGCACUUAUCGGAUGAAGCGGCAGAGAAGUGUCGUCCGCAGUGUCGCCCGAACGACGUGCCAUCAGUGGAGUGGAAGCGCAUCGGAGCAGAUGUGCGCUCCGCCCAUCCCUUUGAUGAGUUCUCGUUUCCCGGCUACUUCACUGCUGAUAGCAUGGGGGAUGGCAAACCGGCUCACUGCGAGCAAGAAAAAAUGGUUCGACUGGGUGCUUUUCGCAAUGAUCUCACCUUCGAUCGGAUCAGUCGACGUGCAAAUAUUAUUGGACGUGUGCGCACCUAUGUGCAGGAGAGAUCCUACACACGGAUUAAGAAAUCUCUGGCAGAGUGCAUUCAAGUGUUCAACUCGCGACUGAAGAAUGAGGAACCACAAUAG